AUGGCGAUGAUUGCUGACGUUGGCGUGUUUGCUGGCGCAGCCUACAACUUGGAUGCGCCGUGUGGUGCUGUCUCCUCCGACUCUACUGUUGGCUCAUCAUACUCCCUCUUGCUGCGCAAGUGGCUUUGGGACUGCGACCAAAAUCACACCAAAUGCAAGCGGCCGCAAAGAAGGGGGGACUUUUGGCCGAAGAGGAUUAUUUUUGUUGGUGAUCCCAAUAAAUUGACCCUCAUCGAGAACCGGCUCCCAGGAGAAGACUACCUUGUGCUCUCGCACUGCUGGGGCCGUCCAACGGAGGAAGAAAAGAAGCGCUUUUGCACGACCCGGCAAAACUACCAAGAUCGUUUGCAAGGUUUCAGCUACGACAAGCUGCCUAGGACAUUUCAGGAUGCGGUUCGGGUGACUCGACAACUUGGGAAGAAAUAUCUCUGGAUUGAUGCGCUCUGCAUCAUUCAAGGGCCCGACGGCGAUUGGAAAACCGAAGCAAGGACAAUGGAAGAUAUCUUUGCUUGCGCCUACUGCACCAUUGCCGCGAGUUCAGCAGGUGGCUGGGGAGACGGAUUCCUUAGACCGGACCUGGAUUCCCAAUAUAUUAGGAUGCAAGGCAUUGCAAGCACACCGACUUGCGCCUGCGACUUUGGUAAAGAUGUGGAUGAGGGGACCCUUAUGAAGAGAGCUUGGGUACUUCAAGAACGGGUGCUGUCCCGGCGAAUUAUUCAUUUUGCUGCGACACACACGUAUUGGGAGUGCGGGGAUGGAGUGCGAUGCGAGCAGUUCAUUAAACUGGAACCGCCACUCGGGAAGCAGUACUUCAUUCUCGAUCCUAACUUUCCCUAUCGACUCAGCCAAUCUGGGUAUCAGCGCACCGUUCAUUUUGUCCGAUUCCUAUUUAGGAAGUAUUCAACAUCCGGCCUUACUUUUGAAUCUGACAGGGAUGUUGCGAUUUACAGCCUGGUCGAGCGCAUGCGACAUUCAUUACGGAGUGAAGUGAGAUACGGGAUCGUUCGUUGCUUUCUUAGUCCCCUUCUCCUAUGGAAGCGGACCAAUGAGGACAAGACGGCUAUGAUUAACUAUGGUGAUCGAACGGUGCCAUCGUGGUCUUGGAUGGCGUAUCCCGGAGGCAUUGAUUUUAUCUCGGAUACGCAGAAAAGACUCAUGGUUCCGCCCUCUGCAUAUCUUGACUUUACCGACGAUGAGGAUACGUUGACUGUCCAAGUGAGGCGAUUCAAAGAUUGCCGGAUAGCUAGCAGAAACGCUAGGACCGCUUUCGCUUGGACAAGGAAAGUGGGUUUUUCGUGGUUCGAUCUGGCGGACCGGAUCGGUCAAGAUGGGAAACAGUAUGCCAUUUUCGCUAGCAACGUUUUCGCUUGGACAAGGAAAGUGGGCUCUUUGUGGUUCGAUGUGGCGGACAGGAUUGAGUUUAAACAGUGUGUUGUUGUUGGCAUGGGCGACGACGACGGGAGGAAAGACCCUCAGAAGACUUACUACUUCAUCCUUGUUCGAGAGAAACAAGAUGGAGAAGGAUAUGAAAGGCUUGGUGUUGGAAAGGUGGAAGGGCGGUACGUCUCCAGGGAGUGCGAUGCGGCAAAGCUUUGGUGA